AUGCGCGUUUCACUUUUCGUCUCAGCACUCGUUGCGCCGCUUGCCCUUGCAGCUCCCACACUCGAGACCCGCCAGGCCGCUCCCGUUAAGCCCGCACCGUGUGUGCGUAACAGCAAGGUCACAGUCGAGGAGACGAGAGUGCGAUCUGAGCAGUUUGCGCAAGCCUUCAUCUACAAGCGGGAUAUCAGCAAAGCGUUUACGUUUAUCGCGGUCGAUUAUAUUAACCAUAACCCACAAGUAGUCAAUGGAUCCGCCGCCGCAUGGGAAGCUCUCUCCCCCUUCUGGAACACUGCCAAUAUGACUGCCAAGCGUAAUACCUUCAUCUCUCCCAUGAGCUGGGUUAACUACGACUCUUCGCUCGGCGACGUUGUGGACCGAUUUAGGUGGGAGGGCGGAUGUAUUGUUGAGCACUGGGACCAAGACGAGAAGUUUCCCGAAAUUAAAGGCUGCAAGGCUGUCUACUAA